GACACUCCAGGACUGUUUGAUACUGAACUCAGUAAUGAACAAAUCCAGAGAGAAAUGAGCAACUGCAUCUCUAUGAUCCUGCCUGGACCACAUGUGUUUCUCUUACUGAUUCCUCUGGGACGAUUCACUCAAGAAGAACAAACAGCAGUGAAGAUCAUCCAAGACACGCUUGGUGAAAACUCUUUAAUGUACACCAUAGUGCUCUUCACCAGAGGAGACUUUCUGAAGAACAAAACCAUUGAUCAGUUUCUGGGAAAACCUGGAUUUGCCCUUAAAAACCUGACUGAAGCAUGUGGAAACAGAUUCCAUGUGUUUAAUAAUGAAGAGACUGGAGACCGAGCACAGGUGACUGAUCUACUGCAGAAGAUAGACAACAUGGUGAAAGCAAACGGAGGGAGUUACUACUCAUGUAAGAUGUUCAGAGAGAUGGAGAGAGAAUUACAAGAAGAACAGAAGAACAUACUGAUGGAGAAAGUGGAGCAAGUGACCAGAGAAAGAGAAGAACUGAUGAACAAACAUAAAGAAGAGAAAGAGAUGAAGAGGAUUAUGAAAGAAGAACGACAGAGUCAUGACAGAGACAAAGAGAAGAGAAGAAGAAUUUAG